ACGUCAUUCACUUCAAAUCAAAACAACAGGAGGACAGCAGAAACAUCUGAUCUGAUCGAUGCAAUUUUUGCCUUAACUUUUACCUAAUUUUGAUUCGCCUUCUAUUUUUUGUGCCCUGGUAUUUUGCAAAUGAUGCCUAUAGCUUCUUAAGAAAGCUACUUAAUGCAGCUGUACAACCGAGGACUGCAGAAGCUGCUGGAUAAGUGGCCUGGCAAGAAAACCUUUGGCAUUUACAGAUUUCUUCCACUUUUCUUUGCCCUCGGAGCCGCCCUUGAAUUUUCCAUGAUCAACUGGACCGUUGGAGAAACAAAUUUUUACCGAACUUAUAAACGUCGACAAGUGCAAGAGUUGGCUGAUGAAAUUAUUCUGAAGGCAAAGAAGGAAAAAGCCUGAAACUUUUAAAAUGCCCGCUGGAGUGACUCUUGCACAGUACGUGCGAUUCUCGGCAGCUGCCUUGCUGACCAUGUUUGUUGGUUCCCAGUGCGUCCACUACUACUAUCGACCUCUGCAAGACCUUGACAAAUUGGUCCAGCAGGAGGUGGAAAGGAGGAAGUUCGUAGUUAAAUAAUUAGAUAGCCCAUGUAAAUGAAUUUGUUGGUGUAAUUAAAUCAUGUUUUCCUAAUAUAUUAAUAUAUUUAUUUGAACAA